CAUGCAGUGACCGCGCCGCAGCACGCUUCCUGCACUGCCCCUCCUCAGGAAGGGAUGGGGCAGGAAAGGUUACUCAGACAGGGUUUGCCCUCGUAGUCUGAAUCAUGUAGCGCGGACAGGCCAGAGGCGGCAAAACAAUGUGUUCCUCAGCUGCCAGCUGUACGCAGAGGCCCAGGCACAGCGCACUGAGGAGGGACAACCCCUGUCCCAAAGCAUGGACAUGACUGAGUAGGCCAGUGGGAGAAUGCGGGAUUUGCGCAGUGAUGGAUGCACCAAUGCAUCACUAACCCAGACCCUGCAGCAGCCGCAUGGUCGCUAUGUGCAAACCGCCAGGCUCCCAGCAGCGCACUGACGGCUGCAGCAGCGUUCUACCCCACACAUCCCUGUAGAUGUGGCUCUGCGUACCGUGCAGGUAAGGCGGAGCGGGGGGGUCAACGCCCAGUGGCACGGGACGGCCAAUCGCACUACACAGAGUGUGGCGCGCACACGGCGUCCACCCGGAAGUAGGUUCCGGAAGUAGGAGUGGGUUCCGGUAGUCUGUUCCGGAAGUACCCGCGGCCGGAGCGCGGCUCAUCUCUCCGGGCGGCAGCGCCUCCUUGCGACCGGAGCUGGGAGAGCAGCGCAGAGCCCGGCCCCGCCCAACCUGGCCCUGAACGCCCUCAGAGGUGGAGCUCAGAGAUGGCUAACCUCUCCGGCCAGCAGUGCGAGCGCUUCACCGUCUUCUGAGCAAAACAUUUCUUGGUACCAUCUAACCCAAACCUCCCUCUUUUAGUUGAUGCCACUCCCCUUUGUCCUGUUCACCCUGGUUCAGAGCAAAAUCCAAACAUGGAGCAUCCCAGCUCCGCACUCUGCUUUCCGCGCGGCGUCAUUCUGUAUCUUGUAGAACAUACUCUUGGCCUGAUAAAAUACACUGAGAGAAUACACCUUGGCUUCUCGUAAGUAUGAGGCUGACAUAACUUCACAUAGUUCUGCUAACAGAUUUCUAUACCUUCUAGGUUAUUAUCAGGUAUCUCAUGCAGUAAAACGUUGUUUGAUUUCUAUAAAUAUUUGACAGCCACACAGGUAAAUUCCAAAGGUCACUUUUUACGAGGUGCCUCAGAGGAAAGGGCUCAUGCCAUGUUCCGUUCUCAUGUAGCCCAUUCCAGAGAUCAACUCUGUUACACUGGAGGGCAUUGUGCUGCAAUCUUUGCAGCAUUUCUGCUUUCAUCCUAAGCAGUCUCACCUCUGCUCCCUCUUCAGUUCGAUGAGUAGUGCCACGCAUGGGCUGCACAAGGAAGUGAAGCUGUGCACAUGCGUGUCAGUAAUUAACCACAUAUUCCUCCACCAUCUAUACAACUUAAUACAGGAAAACAAUACGAUGACAAGGUAGCAAGGAAAGAAAUAAAUUUCAUGUGGAAAAGUUCUGCUUCAGUAUGUCUGCAUGGAGAAUCAGAGUGCUGGCAGUUCUCUGCUUCCUGUGGCAGCCCAGAGGUCAUGGUCAACUUCCUCCUCCUCAAAAUGUUACAUUACUGUCAAAGGAUUUUGAUAUGAUUUUGACAUGGACUCCAGGAAAAGGAUAUCCACCAGAUGUGUCAUACACUGUGAGAUAUGAAAGCAAGACACGCAUGGACAAAUGGAUAAAGGUUCCUCAUUGCAGAAACAUUCACAGUAUCUCUUGCAACCUCACGUGUGUGAUUCCAAACUUCUUCAUUAAAUUCCGGGCUCAAGUAAAAGCCGCUUCUGGACGACUCCAUUCGCCAUGGGUAAAAUCACAGUUCAAGGAGUACCAUUUAGAUGUGGAACUGGCUCCCCCACUGCUAAACAUGAAUGUAAAGGAAGACGUAAUCCAUGUGAGUGCCACUUUUCCUAUGGCCAUCUGUGUGGAGAGUUUAUCUUGGAUGUAUGACUUCAACUUUUGGGAAGCUGGAUCCGAAGACAAGAAGCAAUACAAAAGUAUCUUUAGGAAAAAGGCAGUGACUAUCGACACCACUGCACUCAGAGGCAAUUACUGCUUGAAUGCCAGAUCUUCCAUUCAAAGCAUCGACUUCAAGCACAGCAAAUUCUCUCAGCCAGUGUGCAUGCUGUUAAACCAUAAAGGGGAAUGGAAGUUCCCUUUUUCCGCCACGAUCCCGGUCUGUGUCCUCCUCAUCCUUCUGACAAGUGCCUCCAUCAUUUGGCUGCUGAAACAAGAUGCAAAGCAUAAGCAGAUGCCUCAAGCUUUGGAUUUAUCUAAUUGUAAAAUUGCUGGACCAACCUUUUGCUGUGAGCGCAAAGAAAAUGAAUUCCUCACAGACUGUCUUAUCUGCACAGAUAGGCCAGUGUCACAAGGGAAGAAAAACAAAACUUUAGCACAAAACAACAAACUAUGGAUGGCUUCCUUCCUACCAUCAUCAUCAUCAGAAGAGGAAGAGGAAGAAGACAGUAGUAGUUUCAUACCAUACACUGAAAUGCUUCAGUUUCCAAGGAGACACUUCAUCUGUCAAACAUCCAGAACAGCUGACGCAGAAACUAUCUUGGGCUCCACAUCUGGAGGUCUCACUCUGGAUGGUGGAUCCGCAUUUGACUUAAGUGCCCUGGGUUUCUCUUUCUUUCCCACAACAAAAAAUGAGGUGGACACCUCAGGAUCCCAAGGAAAUGAAAAGGCAUCACAUUCUGACAGUUCCUCUUUGGGAAGACUAUCACUCACUGAUGUGAGAUUCCCAGCUCCCAGGGAACAUGGACAGCAUGACACAGACAGCGAUGACUGCCUGGAAGUGAGCAUUCUUCACCUACUAGCAAACAAGAGUUGCACCAAGCUUCCAGCUGAUGAACACUGUCUGUAUAGGAAAGAUCAUGAUUUUACCAUAUAUUACCAGAAAUCAACACUUGAUCAGCCUGUCCAGGUCAGUGAGAACUCGCUGCUCAAUGAGGAUCCCACCAUGGAAACUCAUUUACUUUCAGACAUCACAGGUGGCAGAAGAUGAAGGUAUUGCAAGUGACUGUGACAGUGAUAAUUGCACAGGAGGAACACCUCCUGCAUCCACAGUGCUAGGUGAUGCAUUUAGAACUUCAGAUAUGGAGAAAAGAUAUGAUAAAAAGU